AUGGCUGAACCUAUUCCAAUUAUCAGACCAGCGCGUCUGCUCCCACCGUCCAAUCCAAAUCCAAAUCCAAAUCCAGAUCCAAUUCCAAAUCCUAAUCCAAUCCAAAAUCCACGGUUCGUGAUCCACCGAAAUAUCGGAUUCGAGGACCGAGGUAAAAUUCCUCAAAUAGUGAGAGACCUACCCGAAUUCAAUGGCAAUCCACGAGAUUUGAGCCAGUGGAUGCUAGACGUAGAAGAUGUAUUGGAACUUUUUGUGGACCUCAGGGACACAUUCCAAUAUUAUCUCCUCAUUAAAACAAUUAGGAGGAAAAUUAAGGGCGAAGCCAACGACGCUCUUAUCACCAGUAAUACUCCUACCCAAUGGGAGAGUAUUAAAGAGGUGUUAAAACUCUAUUACGCUGAUAAAAGGGAUCUUAUGACCCUUGACAAUCAGAUGAAAUCUUUAAUGCGUAAUAAAUCUGAAAGCAUUGAGAGUUAUUACAGCAGAAACUUUUGUCCCAGCUCAACCCCGUCCCGAGCCAAUGGACACAAGCACCAUUCGUACUCAACAUGUGAAUUAUGGCAAUCGGCCAGUAGCUCAACAAGAAUAAAUGAACUAAUUAAGGCAGAAUCAAAAAGCUCUACACUAGCAAUAGAAAAAGCCCAGAUAAUAAAUCUAAUAUUGAGCCUAGACAUCUUAAACGAUCAACUAUCAGCAAUUCAAGAAUCAAUAGCAUUUGCCAAAGUAGGAAUAGUUAAUUAUAAAUUACUAUCCACGGAUGAAAUCAGACAAAUAGAUGAAACUCUCAGUAAACAAGGCCUACACACAGAACUCCUCGAAGAAGUGCUCAACCUCGCGAAGGUGACCAUUGGAACAGACAACGAGAUACUGCUUUACGUAAUCAACGUACCUACAUUUUACCCACAAAACUAUGAUGAUAUUAGAAUUGAGGCAAUCUUCAAGAAAUCAGAACGCAUCCAACUAAAGGGAAAUAACUACAUCAAAGGAUCUACAGAACUUUUACUCCAGAAAAACCCAUGUAAACGAUUUGGCAAUUGGAGCCUUUGUUACAGAUCAGACCUAGAAGAUGUUUCCGAAGACAGAUGCAUUUCUAAUAUAGUCAAGGGAAUAGAAAGCAGAUGCACAUAUGAACACGUUUCUACACAUCCACCUACAGUCCAACUGAGCCCGACGACGGUGCUCCUUAACGACAUCAAUAACACUCUACAUAACACGUGCGGAAUUACCGAUAGAAACCUGACCGGCUCUUUCAUCAUCGUAUAUCGAAACUGUUCAAUAACAAUUGAAAAGUACAAGUAUGCUAACAAUAUCAUCAGAACAAUCAAUCAACGAAUCUUCAUCCCAUCCACAAGUUUGAUAUUGAUGCAAGAAAGUGUAGAAAACAAAAUUGACGUCUACUCACUUCACCAACGACAACACCAGCAUCUUAAAUAUUUGGAACAUCUCAAGUCAGAGACAACCGUGCAUACUUGGUCUCUCAUAGGAGGAUUUUCAUUUUCAUUUACGUCCAUAAUCCUCAUCAUAAUUUUCAUUCUGAUCAAACUUCGAUCCCAAGGCACAGUAGUUCAAAUCAACCAAAAGAAUGAAUCAACGGAUCCCAUAGAAGCAGUGAACACGCAGUACUAUCAACCGGCAUCUUCAUAUUUAGCCAGAUCAGCAGUUUAACGUUGACCCAGGAGGUUCAACACUCAAAGGGAGAGCAGUUAUCACCAGACCCACGAAGCUAUGAUUCGCUAGCAAAUAAACAAAACACCCCCGGCAAUCAUCACGCGAGCAGCGUGCAGAAUCCCAGAGCACAUUUUCUGCUGACUCAGAUCAGCGCAUAUAUUCUUCGAAUCAGAGA